AGGAGGUCAUCCGCUGAAGGGCACAGAAGGAGCGGCUUUAACUUGUGUCUGCGCCGCGGAGAUGUUGUAAACUGAGCAGAAGAGUUUCCCAGACUUUCCUCUGUCCAUGCCUGAAGCUGUAGCACCAUCCACACCGUCACAAUGUGGAGACCCGCCGGCGGAGUGAUGAGCACCUUCGGCUCGGCAGCGGGACCCCGCGCCGCCGCCGCAGCGGUCACCUGUCUGCUCGUGACCGGGAUGCUGGUCGUCACAGUCGGACACCCGAGCAGCGGGGACCCGGUGGAGCCACCGAUUGCGGCGACGAGCGGGAAAGUUUUCUCCGCGUAUUUCAAGAAACUGACCCGGGAGAGGAGGGCGAUAAGCGGCCCCCCGCGGAGAAGCGCUCCCUCCGGGCCGGUGGAGCAUCUCUCCCCGGCUGACCUGUUCAUAGCGGUGAAGACCACCGGGAGAUAUCACCGGCAGAGACUGGAGCUCCUGCUGGACACCUGGAUCUCCAGGAACAUGCAACAGACGUACGUGUUCACUGACGGAGACGACGAGAAGCUGAGGAAGAGGAUGGGAGCUCACCUGAUCAACACCAACUGUUCAUCGGCCCACAACCGUCAGGCCCUCUCCUGUAAAAUGGCUCUGGAAUAUGACAUGUUUAUGAACUCUGGCAAGAAGUGGUUCUGUCACGUCGACGAUGAUAAUUACCUGAACGUCGGCUCCCUGCUGAAGCUUCUGUCUCAGUACAGUCACACACAGGACGUCUACAUCGGCCGGCCGAGCCUCGAGCGACCAAUAGAGGCUGCAGAGAGACUCGGCACCACUGAAAUGAAGCAGGUGCGUUUCUGGUUCGCCACAGGAGGAGCGGGAUUCUGUCUGAGCCGCGGCCUCGCGCUCAAGAUGAAACCCUGGGCAAGCAAUGGCGCUUUCAUGGCGACGGCUGAGCACAUCCGCCUCCCGGACGACUGCACCGUCGGCUACAUCGUGGAAGCGCUGCUUGGCGUGAGCCUCAUCCGCUCAGCGCUGUUCCACUCGCACCUGGAGAACCUGGGACUGGUGUCAGACAUACACAGCCAGGUGACGCUCAGCUACGGCGCCGUGGAAAACAGCAGGAACGCUGUCAACCUGAAAGGAGCAUUUUCAAUAAGUGACGAUCCUACAAGGUUCAGGUCAGUCCAUUGUCUGCUGUACCCAGACACUCCUUGGUGCCCCGGCCCCCGGCGACUUUAACACCCAUCCAGAGACGCAGGCAGGCUGAUGCAGGAGGAUAAAGUAAAUGUCUGCCUGAACUCAAUUUUCUCUGUUGGAGGAGGAAAUCAUUGCAGACGUCCAGGAAUAAAGAGACCUCACUGCUGCCCCCCACUGGCUCCUCAGUGCUGAAGAAUCUCUGGACCUAAACGAUUUCCUCGCGUCCAACAGCAGUCUGAGUGGUGGACUGACUUUUUUUUUUUUUUUUUGGAAAGUCUGCCGUUUUAUGAGUCGACGCCUGGACUCGUCUCGGUGUCAAAAGGCCAAAACAUUUCAAACAAAGAUGAAGAGUGAAGGUCACAUUUCUUGGAAGGAUGAAAAAUGGAGAGACAACUUUUAAUUUAAAGUUCAACCCAAGGGUGGCACGCAAAAAAAAGCCACAUUGUCACCUGAAUGAAAAGGUUUAUCUUCUGUACGGUGGACAUCUGGGCUCCAGACUGAGCCUGUCACACCUGCCUCAUCGUUCCCCUGUCUGCGCUCGGCUGGUCAGUCUCAGCUGCGCAUCGAGCCAUUGCUAGCAUGUCACGUUCAGGCUUAGAGGGUAAUUUGGUUUUGUUGCAGCUUCUCUUAAUUUGUCUUCCAUCGUGCUAUCAGUUAUGAUAACAUUGUGCUCACCAAAGUAAUUUCCGAAUUCCGGGAACAUUCGUAGCUGCAACAAAGUGAGAUGGAAGAAACACGAGCGGUCAGACGAUCAGAUUGUUUGUCAUUUUCACACUUUCUGUAAGGACUAAAAAACAAGAUGACACAUGUUAAAUUCAUUAGCGUUACAGGUGCUGGAAGGCAGAUUUUAUUGUUUUUGGUCAGAGCCAGGCUAGCUCUCUCUCCUCCUUAGCUCGUGCUAAGCUAAGCUAACCAGCUGCUGGCUGUCGUGUCAUGUUUACUGUGCAGACAUGAGAGUGGUAUCAAUCUUCUCAUCUAAUUCAGCAAGAACACAAAAACUGUGCAUUUCUGGAAAUCUCUAAUUACUCCUUUAAAUCUUAUUUUUUAAACCACUUUAUUUGGAGGUAAAACUGAAAGUGGCAAAGCCAGUGAUAAUUCUGUUGCACAGGAAACCUGAGUAGGUCAAAGUUGAACCAGGAAGACGUCUGUAAACUAGCACAAACUUGCUGUUGGCCGUCAUUGUCUCUUGCGAGUGAGUUUGAGUAGCCCGGCGGUUUGUUAAAAACCUGUCUGAUCCUCUGACUGCUGGUCCCACUUUUUCACCAUUGCAUGUUCACCGUAUAGGAAAAACUUUUGCCGUUUCAUGCAGCCUGUUACGCUUUUCCUCACACUCUCGUCCAUCUCCAGUGUCUUCUCUCCACUUUCAGCUGUGACACAUGUGAAUGCAUUACUUGGUGGCCCAUUUGCACCCCUGCAUGCUCCAGUGUUAACCAGUUUGGAUUCAGCACAUGAAGUGAGGCAAUCAUCACAGAAAUGCAGCAGGAACAAUCACUCAUUUCAUAUCACAUUUCAGCAUGAGACCAAAAACAUGCAGGAGAUUUUGAUGGUUUCAUAGAAUCCAGGCUUCGUAUGUGAAGGUUUGUCUUGCCAGUGUUCAGUAUUAUUCUUUCUGUACCAUAACGACUGAGCUCUUUUGCUGUUUUAUUUCUGCUGUUUGCAACUCAUCAUAUGAUAAAAGGACAUUAGAGGUCGACAUGUUGGGAAAUCUGCUCGUUUUCUUUAACGAGAGUUAGGUGAAGUAGCUAAGCGGGAACAGCUGGCCUGACUCUGUCCAACAUUAACCCCCCGUGAAACCACAAGUACUCACACUUUGUUUGUGCACAGAUCUCUUUGUUAAUUAAUGAGCUUCAGGUGUGCUGGUAAGAAGAUUUUGUUACAUCCAAAAUCAGAUGAGCUAAACCAGUCUUUGGCCUAAGCUUAGCUAAGCUAACUGGCUGCUGGUUUCAGCUACAUAUUUGCCAUACAAGCAUGAGGGUGGCACCAAUCUCCUCCUCUUACUCUUAGCAAGAAACCAAACAGGAGCAUUUCCCAAAUUAAACUAUUCUUACAAAAAUCUGGACUUGUUUCAAAUCCAGUCAAAUUAUUCUUCUAAAAAGGUUGAUGUCACCCAUCUUUAUCCGUUCAAAUGGGUGGAUUAUGAUUGUUAAUGAUUGAAAAUGUUACGCGGCAGCAGUGUAACAGAAAUAUCCACGUUAAGGUUUUAUUGACAAAUGACUCAUGUUGGGUCGUCUUCUAUGUCUACGUCUAUAUUAAGUUAAAUUCUGUCCCUCGUUAAAUGAAUUUAUAUGAUGAACUGUUGCUUCUGAAGCGCACAUGCUCUCUCCAGUAUCUGGACUGUAUGUAGACAUCAUGGUUGAACCGAAUAAAAACAGUUUCUGGU